AGUUUUUUAAAGCUUUAUCAAUAAAUCAAAAUGAUUGCCUCACAUUUCAAUCAUACUAAUAUUCCCUGUGUGGGAAAAGUUCAUGGGCACAGAGGGUAGCACAACAAAAUCGCCGGCAUCCACAUCCGCUGCCGUGUCGUCGUCGUCGGCAUCUUCGAGUCAACAGUCGCGAAUCUCCUUUGCCGUGGUCAUGACCGCCGCUGCUGCUGCUGCUGCUCGUCUCCUGCUCUCGCUGUGGCUGUGGGAAUUCUUCCUCCUGGGCGAGACCUCCGCGCAGGCAGCUACUCUGCCCCGACGGCCCAAUGUGGUGAUGGUGAUCUUUGACGAUCUGCGUCCAGUUCUGGGCGCUUAUGGGGAUCCACUGGCCAGCACUCCGUAUCUGGAUGACUUUGCUAGAGGAAGUCAUGUCUUUACAAGGGCCUACAGUCAGCAAUCUCUGUGUGCGCCCAGCCGGAAUUCCUUGCUCACAGGUCGACGUCCGGAUACGCUGCACUUGUACGACUUCUACAGCUACUGGCGCACUUUCACCGGAAACUUCACCACCCUGCCGCAGUACUUCAAGGAGCACGGAUACUACACCUACAGCUGUGGGAAGGUCUUUCAUCCGGGACUCUCAUCGAAUAACACGGAUGAUUAUCCAUUGAGCUGGUCAGUGCCAGCCUUCCGUCCACGUACCGAACAGUUUAUGAACUCACCUGUCUGUCCGGAUAAGGAGGGCAUUCUCCGGAAGAAUCUCAUCUGCCCUGUGGAGCUGCAAACGCAGCCGUACAAGACUCUGCCGGAUAUUGAGUCUGUGGCGGAGGCUCUGCGGUUCGUGGAGAGCCGUAAGACCCGGAAACGAGAGCCCUUCUUUCUGGCCAUGGGCUUCCACAAGCCGCACAUUAACUUUCGCUUUCCAAAGCAGUUCCUCUCCAGAUUUCCGUUGUCUCAGUUCUUCAACUACACGGAGGACCGCCUGAAGCCACCGAAUAUGCCAGCGGUGGCCUGGAAUCCUUACACAGAUGUGCGCGCCAGGGAUGACUUUAAGCACUCAAAUAUCUCCUUUCCAUAUGGACCCAUUGCCAGGCAUCAGGCCGCCCAGAUCCGACAGAGCUACUACGCUUCAGUGGCCUAUGUGGACGAUUUGUUUGGCAAGCUGAUAACGGGAUUGGAUCUGGAGAACACGGUGGUGGUGGUACUUGGUGAUCAUGGCUGGUCCCUGGGCGAGCAUGCCGAGUGGGCCAAGUAUAGCAACUUCGAGGUGGCCCUGAGGGUUCCACUGAUGAUCAGAAGCCCGCAGUUUCCCCUGAGUCAAACGAAGUUCUAUCACGGCAUCACAGAGCUCCUGGACGUAUUCCCCACUCUAGUGGAUCUGGCGGGUCUGCCUGCCCUUCCCGCCUGUAAGGAGGACCCUCCGGAAUUGACCUGCGGCGAGGGCAAGAGCUUGUAUUUUCAACUGAUGGGCGUUGGACUGGCUGAUGAGCACGUGGCCCUGAGUCAGUAUCCCAGGCCUGGUAUGCUGCCCACAAAGCAUCCCAAUAGCGAUAAACCCAAGCUGCGCAACAUCAAGAUCAUGGGCUAUAGCCUGCGAACCGAUCUUUAUAGGUAUACCUUAUGGGUGCGAUUUCAUGCACAGAAUUUUAGUCGAGACUGGCAUGAUGUGUACGGCGAGGAGUUGUACGAUCAUCGACUGGACUCUGGCGAGGAGAUGAACCUGGUGCCGCUGCCCGAGUUCGAUGAUGUGCGCCAGCGUUUGCGCCGGCGUCUGAUGGAGGUCGUAGGCAGCAGCUAGCGGAGAUCGUCUGCCCCAGCUCCUUCCUUUAACCCGAUCUUCACGAUUUUAAAUCAAUUCAUAAGCAAUAUAUAUUAAUAUAUAUAGGUAUAUAUGUAUAUGUAGUAUAGUAUGUAGAUGGAGAGACGAAGCGAAUAUCUUGUCGCCAUAAUUGGAAUUUAAUACUUCCGGUUGGGCAACAACUUUUGCGAGACGCCCAGACAUGCUGCAUAUUUUUCGCUGUAAUUUCUGCGAUCUGCUGCGAUCUCCCCCCCUCCUCCCUCGUGGACGUCUGCCUCUGCCACUGCCUCUGUCCAUAUAGCAUACAAUCCGAUCGACUCCGAACCGCGCAUGCGUGACUUGUGUCCAUUGCCUUUUUGGAUUCGUUUUACUGAAUUUUUGUGAAUGAAAUUUCAUUCAACGUUGGCGGCGCGCGUCUCGCUGCGUUGGCGUUGACGUUGGCAGCGGCGUCGGACGCCCAAAUCUGGAGGAGAUGCGGAGGUCGGGGAGCAGGGAGCAGGCAACCACUGGGGCGACGUUGGCGACUCUUUUCAAGCUUUCAUUUUCGCUUCGGCUUGUUGCCAGGCGAGUGAAAAUGCAAAGGCACCGAAAAAAAUUAACUUAAGCUUAAGUUGUA